CGUGAUUUCGUCGCUGUCAGCGCUCGACGCCGACUGAGACGAGAGCAGCGAAGCAACGAGAGCACAGCGAAAGCCUCACCACGGACGCAUUUAUGGAUGCGGGCGGCCUGCCAGUCUUCCAAGCCAGCCAAGCAGCCGCAGCCGUCGCCCAGCAGCAGCAGCAGCAGCAACAACAGCAGCAACAUCAGCAUCUGAAUCUCCAACUGCAUCCGCAGCACUUGGGCCUACACCUGCAACAGCAACAGCAACUGCAACUGCAACACAAUGCACAGGCGCAACAGCAGCAGCAGAUACAAGUGCAACAGCAGCAACAGCAACAACAGCAGCAGCAGCAGCACUCUCCCUACAAUGCCAACCUGGGAGCAACAGCCGGAAUCGUCGGCGGCCUUGUUGCUGGCGGCAACGGAGCUGGCGGCCCUUCAAAUCCAGGAGUCAGCCUCGGACCCAACAGUGGGGGCGGCGGACCAUCGCCUAGCGAUGCCCUGCCACCCAAGCGACAGCCCAAUGUGGACCGACUGCGACGCCGCAUGGAGAACUACCGACGACGGCAGACGGACUGCGUGCCGCGAUACGAGCAGACCUUCAGCACCGUCUGCGAGCAGCAGAACCAGGAGACCACGGCCCUCCAGAAGCGCUUCCUCGAGAGCAAGAACAAGCGGGCGGCCAAGAAGACCGACAAGAAGCUGCCCGAUCCCCAGCAGCAGCAGCACCAGCAGCAGCAGCACCAGCAACAUCAGCAGCAGCAACAUCAGCAACAGCAGCAUCAACAGGCGGCACAGACGAUGUUAGCCGGACAACUGCAGAGCAGUGUUCAUGUGCAACAAAAAUUCCUUAAACGACCAGCGGAGGAUGUUGACAAUGGCGCCGAGAACUUUGAGCCGCCGCAUAAGUUGCCCAACAACAACAACAACAAUAGCAACAGCAACAACAACAACGGCUCGAAUGCCAACAACAAUGGGAACAACAACGGCAACAGCGGCAGCAACAACUCCGGCAACAGCGGCAACAGCAACAACAACGGCUCUGAGAAUCUAACCAAAUUCUCGGUGGAAAUCGUCCAGCAGCUGGAGUUCACGACCUCUGCGGCCAAUUCACAGCCGCAGCAGAUCAGCACGAAUGUCACAGUGAAGGCCCUGACCAACACCUCGGUGAAGAGCGAACCAGGAGUGGGCGUCGGCGGCGGUGGUGGUGGUGGAAACGGAGGAGGUGGAAACAGCGGCGGUGGUGGCAACAGCGGAGGCGAUCAGCAGCAGCAGCAGCAGCACCAACAACAGCAACAUCAUCCACAGCAGCAUCAGCACCAGCAACAGCAGCACCAGCACCAGAACCAGAACCAGAACCAGCACCAACAAGGCGGCGGACUGGGUGGCCUCGGCAAUAAUGGGCGUGGCGGGGGUCCUGGCGGAAUGGCCCAGGGACCCGGCGGUGGCGGACUCGGUGGCCUCGGAGUCGGCGUCGGAAUGGGCAUGGGACCCAACAUGAUGUCCGCCCAACAGAAGUCGGCCCUCGGCAAUAUGGCCAAUUUGGUCGAGUGCAAACGGGAGCCCGACCACGACUUUCCCGAUCUGGGCUCGUUGGACAAGGACGGGGGCAACGGGCAGUUUCCCGGGUUUCCCGAUCUACUGGGCGAUGACAACUCGGAGAACAACGACACCUUCAAGGAUCUCAUCAACAAUUUGCAGGACUUCAAUCCCAGCUUCCUCGACGGCUUCGAUGAGAAGCCGCUGCUGGACAUCAAGACGGAGGACGGCAUCAAGGUGGAGCCCCCGAAUGCCCAGGACCUCAUCAACAGCCUGAAUGUAAAGUCGGAGGGCGGUCUGGGACAUGGCUUUGGGGGCUUUGGCGUCGGAAUGGGCAUGGAUAAUCAGGCCAUGAAGAUGCGUGGCGCCGGCGGUGGUGGUGGCUUCCCCAACGGCCCCAACGGUGGCGGGGUUGGUGCCGGUGGCGUGGGAGGAGGAGGAGGCGGAGGACAAGCCUCCGGUGGCGGGAAUCUCAUGUCGGAGCAUCCGCUGGCCGCCCAGACCCUCAAGCAGAUGGCCGAGCAGCACCAGCACAAGAGUGCGAUGGGCGGCAUGGGUGGCUUCCCCCGCCCCCCGCAUGGCAUGCAACCGCAGCAACAGCAGCAGCAGCAGCAACAACAGCAGCAGCAGCAGGCCCAGCAGCAGCAACAUGGCCAGAUGAUGGGUGGCCCUGGUCAGGGCCAGCCCGGACGCUACAACGACUAUGGGGGCGGCUUUCCGAACGACUUUGGCCUGGGUCCCAAUGGCCCGCAGCAGCAACAGCAGCCCCAGCAGCAGCAUCUGCCGCCGCAGUUCCACCAGAAGGGUCCUGGCCCAGGUGCCGGUCCCGGGCCUGGCAUGAAUGUCCAGCAGAAUUUCCUGGACAUCAAGCAGGAGCUCUUCUAUUCCUCUCAAAACGAUUUCGAUCUCAAGCGCCUGCAGCAGCAGCAGGCCAUGCAGCAGCAACAGCAGCAGCAGCAGCAACAACAACAGCAACAUCACCAGCAGCAGCAUCCGAACCCGAAUGGUCCCAAAAUGGGUGGCGUGCCCAGCUUCAACAAGCAGCAGCAGCAGCAACAGGUGCCCCAGCAGCAGCAGCAGCAAUUGCAACAGCAACAGCAGUACUCGCCCUUCAGCAACCAAAACGCAAAUGCGGCAGCCGCCGCUGCCAACUUCCUCAACUGUCCGCCCCGUGGCGGUCCCAACGGCAGCCAGCAGCAGCAGCAGCAGCCCGGUAAUCUGCCCCAGCAGCAACAGCAGCAGCAGCCGGGCGGCGGGCCACAGGGUGGUCCCCAGCAGCAGCAGCGUGGAGGCAAUGGGCAGCAGAACAAUCCAAAUGCCGGGCCCGGUGGCAAUGCGGCGCAGCAGCAGCAGCAAGCGACUACAACAACGCUGCAGAUGAAGCAGACGCAACAGCUGCACAUCAGCCAGCAGGGGGGAGGCGCGCACGGCAUUCAGGUGUCGGCUGGUCAGCAUCUGCAUCUGAGUGGCGAUAUGAAGAGCAAUGUCUCCGUGGCCGCCCAACAGGGCGUCUUCUUCAGCCAGCAGCAGGCCCAGCAGCAGCAACAGCAGCAGCAGCAGCAGCAGCAGCCUGGCAACGGCGGAAACAAUCCCCAGCAACAGCAGCAGCAACCGCAUGGCGGAAAUGCUGGAGCUGGAGUGGGCGUCGGAGUGGGCGUGGGCCAGGGCGGACCCAAUCCCGGACAGCAGCAGCAGCAACCAAAUCAAAAUAUGAGCAACGCAAACGUAACCUCCGAUGGCUUCUCGCUCUCCCAAAGCCAAAGCAUGAGCUUCAGCCAACAGCAGCAGCAGCAGCAGCAACAACAGGCGGCGGCUCAGCAGCAGCAGGUGCCGCCCAACAUGCGGCAGCGUCAGACGCAGGCGCAAGCGGCAGCUGCAGCAGCGGCGGCAGCAGCGGCGCAGGCGCAGGCAGCGGCAAAUGCAAACGGACCCAACGUCCCGCUCAUGCAGCAGGGACCACAGGGUCCGGGCGUUGGAGUGGGUGUGGGCGUUGGGGUAGGCGUCGGCAACGGGGGCGGCGGAGGCAUGCCCAGCAAUGGGCCCGCCGGUGGACCCAGCAACGGUGCAAUGAAUCAGAUGGGAGGACCCAUGGGCGGCAUGCCGGGCAUGCAGAUGGGCGGACCCAUGAACCCAAUGCAGAUGAACCCGAACGCGGCUGGCCCCAAUGCCCAGAUGAUGAUGGGCGGCGGGGGAGGCGGGGUUGGGUCAGGUCCCGGCCAGGUUCCAGGCCCUGGGCCUAACCAGGCCAAGUUCCUGCAGCAACAGCAGAUGAUGCGCGCCCAGGCCAUGCAGCAGCAGCAGCAGCACAUGUCCGGCGCGCGUCCCCCUCCGCCGGAGUACAAUGCCACCAAAGCGCAGCUGAUGCAGGCCCAGAUGAUGCAGCAGACGGUGGGUGGGGGCGGUGUUGGUGUGGGCGGAGUCGGAGGAGUGGGCGUGGGCGGCGGUGGAGGCGGAAACGGCGGAGGGCGCUUCCCCAACAGCGCUGCCCAGGCGGCAGCCAUGCGCCGCAUGACCCAGCAGCCGAUCCCUCCCUCCGGACCGAUGAUGCGACCCCAGCACGCGGCCAUGUACAUGCAGCAGCACGGCGUAGCUGGCGGCGGUCCACGUGGCGGAAUGGGAGGUCCGUACGGCGGCGGCGGAGCGGGCGGACCCAUGGGUGGGCCCCAGCAGCGUCCACCCAAUGUCCAAGUGACUCCCGACGGCAUGCCCAUGGGAUCGCAGCAGGAAUGGCGGCACAUGAUGAUGUCCCAGCAGCAGUCACAGAUGGGCUUCGGCGGCCCCGGACCCGGGGGCCCCAUGCGGCAGGGCCCAGGCGGUUUCAAUAGUGGAAACUUCAUGCCCAACGGAGCCCCUAAUGCGCCUGGCAAUGGACCAAAUGGCGGCGGCGCUGGCAUGAUGUCCGGUCCGAAUGUACCGCAAAUGCAACUGACUCCAGCCCAGAUGCAGCAGCAACUGAUGCGCCAGCAACAGCAACAGCAGCAGCAACAGCACAUGGGACCCGGAGCAGGCGGUAAUAUGCAGAUGCAACAGCUCCUGCAGCAGCAGCAGUCGGCGGCCGGCGGCAACAUGAUGGCCAGCCAGAUGCAGAUGUCCAGCAUGCACAUGACGCAGACCCAGCAGCAGAUCACUAUGCAGCAGCAGCAGCAGUUUGUCCAAAGCACCACCACGACCACGCACCAGCAGCAGCAGCUGUUGCAGAUGCAGGGUCAGGGCCAGGGAGGCGGUCCGGGAUCGGCCAGCAACAACAACGGAGGUGGCGGUGGCGGCGGCGUCGGUGCCGGUGGGGUGGGAGCGGGUGGUGGCAACGCAUCCAACACGAUUGCCAGUGCCAGCUCGAUAAGCCAGACGAUCAACUCGGUGGUGGCCAACUCGAAUGACUUGUGUCUCGAAUUCCUGGACAACCUGCCCGUGGACAGCAAUUUCUCCACGCAGGAUCUGAUCAACUCCCUCGACAACGACAACUUCAAUCUGCAGGACUUUAAUAUACCGUAG